GGGGGGGUAUUGUAGCAUUUCUGUAGCUUAAUAAUCAUUUUGAUUGAGCUCUGCUGCUCCAGGAGGAAGAGGAUAACCUAAGUUUUACUUUUGUUUCCUCAUGCACUGUUUACUUUGAGGCCACAUUCUUCGAUUGCUCCUCCUCCUUCCAAAAGGUGUUUUCUGUACUGUUUGUUGCUGGUCUUGUUGCUUCUCAAGAAUCUUCUUUUUCGCUUUACCCACAGGUCCUUGUCUCAAGAUUUCUGAAUCUCCCCAUCAAUCCUCCUCUUUUUUCAAUUUCUUGUUUUGGCCCACAGGUUUUUGUGAUGAAUUGUGUUUCUUGAACCAUUGAUUUCUUGAAAUGAAUAGGCUUGAGGGUUUCUUGAUCAAUUGAUUUCUUGCAAUGAAUCUUCUGUGGGGGUUGUUGUUUUUGGUGCUCUUGCAUCUUCUGUUUGUGGGGUUUUGUGAAUCAGCCUCAAGGCCAGAUGUUGUCAACAUUGGGGCAAUUUUUGUGUUUGGAACUAUUAAUGGGAAAGUUGCAAAUAUUGCAUUGAGUGCAGCUGUGGAUGAUGUUAAUUCUGAUCCCACUGUCCUUAAAGGGACCAAAUUGGCCCUCUACAAACAUGAUUCUAAUUACAAUGGCUUUCUUGCCAUCAUUGGAGGACUGCAGUUCAUGGCGACUGACACGGUGGCGAUCAUUGGCCCUCAAGUCCCCGGCAUGGCUCACAUAUUGUCACACCUCGCCAACGAACUCCACAUCCCUAUGCUGUCGUGUACUGCGUUGGAUCCGACCCUGGCUUCGCUUCAAUAUCCGUACUUCAUCCAGACGGCUCCCAACGAUCUUUACCAAAUGUCGGCCAUAGCUGAUACAGUGAGCCACUUUGGUUUCAGAGAGGUCAUAGUGAUCUACCCUGACGACGACCAGAGCCGGGGCAGUAUGAGUGCGCUCGGGGACCAAUUAGCAUCAAAGCGUUGUCGAAUCACUUACAAGGCAUUGCUACCACCGGAGGCGUUGGCAACAGAGAGUAAUAUCACAGAACAGUUGGCGAAGAUUUCGAUGAUGGAGUCGCGCGUCAUUGUCGUUCAUGCCUAUGCCGUGAUUGGACUCAGAGUUUUCAGAUUAGCUCGGAAGCUUAACAUGAUGAGUAAAGGGUACGUCUGGCUCGCCACGGCUUGGCUGUCGACUGUCCUCGAUUCCAGCCCGGAGCUCGUCGAUGAUCCUAAAUCUGUUGGAGGAGUUCUAACUUUCCGGCCUCACACGCCCGAGACAGACAGGAAAAGGGCGUUCUUGGCGCGAUGGAAAAGAUUAAGCAACGGUUCAAUCGGUCUGAAUCCGUAUGGACUAUACGCUUACGAUACUGUCUGGACUAUUGCUAAUGCUCUCGAUGUGUUUCUUGAUCGCGGCGGGAUAAUCUCGUUUUCGAAUAACUCCGACAUUUUCGGCUCCCGGGCCGGAGCGCUCAAUCUCGGCGCGUUGAGCACAUUCAACGGCGGGAAUCAGCUGCUUCAACAGAUAUUGGAUACCAACACGACAGGUUUAACUGGUCCGAUCGCGUUCAAUUCGGAUAAGGCUGUAGUUCGCCCUGCUUUCGAAAUUCUGAAUGUUGUUGGGAAGGAGUAUAGGAAAAUCGGGUACUGGUCUAACUAUUCAGGGCUUUCGAUUGUACCUCCCGAGUUUCUUUACUCCAAGAAACCUAACCGUUCGUCUGCGAGUCAGAAAUUGGGGAAUGUUGUCUGGCCGGGACAGACGACUGUCAAGCCACGAGGAUGGGUUUUCCCGCGUAACGGAAGAGAGCUGAGAAUCGGGGUUCCGGACAGGGUAAGCUUCCGCUCGUUCGUUGCGAAGGAUAACAACACGAACGAGAUUCACGGAUACUCGAUCGACGUAUUCCUCGCUGCCGUAAACUUGCUGCCUUACGCCGUACCCCACAAGUUCAUCCUGUUCGGAGACGGCCGGAAGAAUCCGCACUACUCGGAUCUUGUCAACAUGGUCGCCUCGAAUGUCUUCGACGCAGUCGUCGGCGAUAUUGCUAUAGUAACGAACCGCACGAGGAUCGCUGAUUUCACGCAGCCGUACAUAGAAUCAGGGCUCGUUGUGGUGGCGCCGAUCCGAAAGGUGAAAUACAGCUCAUGGUCUUUCAUGGCGCCGUUUACGCCCUUAAUGUGGGUGACGACCGCCGCAUUCUUCCUCGUCAUUGGAUUUGUGAUUUGGAUCCUUGAGCACCGCAUAAAUGAUGAAUUCCGAGGCCCUCCGAAGAAGCAACUGAUAACGAUGUUAUGGUUUGGCUUCUCGACAAUGUUCUUCUCACACAGAGAAAAUACCGUGAGCACGCUUGGCCGAUUGGUUCUAAUAAUCUGGCUUUUCGUUGUAUUAAUCGUCACGUCGAGCUACACCGCCAGCUUGACAUCGAUCCUCACCGUCCAGCAGUUAACUCCGACUAUCAGAGGGAUCGACUCCUUGAUCUCGACUAACGAUCGUAUCGGUUUCCAAGAAGGCUCUUUCGCCGAAAGCUAUUUAAAUAAUGAACUCAACAUUGCGAAAUCAAGACUUGUCGCUCUCGGCUCCCCGGAAGAAUACGCAGAUGCCUUAACCACAGGCAGAGUCACGGCAAUCGUCGACGAACGCCCAUACGUCGACAUCUUCCUCGCCAGCUACUGCAAGUUCCAAACCGUCGGGCAAGAAUUCACGAAAAGCGGAUGGGGAUUCGCGUUUCCGAGGGACUCGCCGCUAGCGUUGGACAUGUCGACGGCGAUCCUGAACUUAUCGGAAAACGGGGAGCUCGAGAAGAUACACGACAAGUGGCUGAAGACGCGGACGUGCGGGCAGGCGAGCUCCGACGACUCGCAACUUCAGCUGAGGACCUUUUCGGGGCUUUUCAUCAUAUGCGGGAUUGCGUGCUUACUCGCACUCGUCGUGUAUCUCGGGGUGACGGUGCACAAGUUCAGGCGAUACUUUCCUCACCUGUCGGAACGCUCUCGGGCGAGCAGCUCGCUGUCGAUGCCCAUCCAACGGUUCCUAUCGUUCGCCGACGAGAAGGAGGAGGAGUUGAAGAAUAGGCUGAAAAGAAAAAGGAAUUCAAACACAGACAGAAACACAAUGUCAAGGAGCAACACAUCUAAUGGAUUCCAAGAAUAGAUCUGUUAUAGUAUACGUAGAAAAUUGAAAGAUUGGUUCAGUUUCAACGUGAGAUAUGUAGAUUUCAUGUUGUCUUUAAGUUGUAGCAGGAUGGAUGAUGACGAUGAUAUAUAUAUAUAUAUAUAUACACGAAUUUAUAUACAUAAUUUGAUUAGUGAU